AUGGCCGACCACGAACCCGAGCCCAAGCGCUUCGAGCCCAAAAACCCCGUCGUGCUCGAUUCGCCCAAGAACGAUCCCAUCUCACUAGAGGAACUAUCGAAAUGCGACGGAACGGACCCGGACCGUCCGACGCUGGUCGCAAUUAAAGGAACCAUCUUUGACGUGAGCAAAAACGCCGCGUAUGCGCCGAGCGGGCAAUAUCAUGUUUUCGCCGGCAAAGACCCCUCUCGCGCAUUGGCUUCGUCGUCGCUCAAAGUCGAGGACUGCCGGCCAGACUGGUACGACUUGGAGGAGAAGGAAAAGACCGUCUUGGACGAAUGGUUUCUCUUCUUCAGUAAGAGAUACAAUAUUGUCGGAAAAGUUCAGGGGGCGACCAACACUUGA